GGAAGGUGGAUUGGCGCAUGGUAAGAGAGGAAGUAAGAGGGAGGGGGGAUGAUUUUAGGCUGUUAUGAAAGGAAGAUAGAGACAGACGGGAAAGAGAAGUCGUGUCGCACAGACGACACAUCUUUUUUGCGACAGCGGUUGCGGUUGAUAUAGAAUAGCAUUAAUAUCAGAUUAAAGAAUUGCAGUUGCUGUUAUUGACGCAGGGCGUUAAAGGCGCAGCAUCCUUCAGCAUCAGCACCAGGAAGCAUCACGCGAGCAUUUUAUUUCCAGGAGCCGACAGACCUUCAUCUCUCAUCAGGGUGUGGUUGCAGUAGGAGGAUGAGGAGUCUGUUGUGUCUGCUGUCUAUCAGCUCUCUUGCUCUGAGCUAUGCAGUGGCAGGGGAUGUGUGUGUGUCUGGUCACGACAGUGGGCCUGUGUUUGAAGAGCAGCCGUCUAGUCUGAUCUACCCAGAGGGAUUGCCAGAAGGCAAGGUCACCCUGAGCUGCCAGGCUCGUGCCAGCCCUGCUGCUAUUUACAGGUGGCAUGUGAAUGGCACUGAAGUAGAUAUCGGAGAGGGUUCACGCUAUACACUGGUUGCGGGAAACCUUGUGAUUAAUAACCCUCAGCAUGGGAAAGAUGGAGGGGCGUACCAGUGUCUCGCCUUUAACCGAUGUGGCACCAUUGUUAGCCGGGUUGCUACCCUCAAAUUCGGCUACCUCCAUGAUUUCCCUCCUGAAAGCAGAAGUCCUCAGACAGUCCAUGAAGGAACUGGAACCUUCCUUGCCUGCCAACCACCAGCUCAUUACCCAGCUUUGUCGUACCGCUGGUUCAUCAAUGAGUUUCCCAACUUCAUUCAGCCGGAGGAGGGCAGAUGGUUUGUUUCCCAGGUGACGGGUAACUUGUACCUAGCCAAUGCGAGAACUAAUGACACAGGAAACUAUUUCUGUUUCACCACAAUUAAUAUGGACUUCAGCACCAAGAGCAUCUUCAGCAAAGCCGUUCAACUGACAGUUUAUGCCGAUGCAAACCCAAGGAAAUCUGCUCCAAAAAUCCGAGUGCGUUUUCCCGCUGAGACAUCGGCAUUAGCAGGACAAACCACACAGCUGGAAUGUUUCGCCUAUGGCAAUCCCAUUCCCAAGAUUCGUUGGAGGAAGGUCGAUGGGUUCCUCCCAGCUAAGGUUGCCAGUGUAGACGGGCCCAUCUUGGUUAUUCCCGAACUGACCUUUGAUGAUGAGGGCAUGUAUGAAUGUGAAGUCUACAAUUCAGAGGGCCGGGAAACACAUCAGGGGCGCGUGUCUGUGCAAGCCCAGCCUGAGUGGCUGCAGGUAAUGAGUGACUCCGAGGUGGAGAUCAGUUCCGAGCUGCAGUGGAGCUGCGCAGCCGCAGGCAAACCGAGACCCGCCAUCCGCUGGCUGCGUAACGGACAGCCACUCCGCACACAGGAACGUGUGGAAGUGAAUAAUGGGCGACUUAAGAUCAGUAACCUUGCCCUGGAGGAUUCUGGGAUGUAUCAGUGUGUGGCCGAAAACAAACAUGGCACCAUUUACUCGAAUGCCGAGCUUCGUGUUCAAGUUCAGGCUCCAGAUUUCAGGUUAAAUCCGGUACGUAGGCUGGUUCCUGCUGCCCGUGGAGGACGGGUUAAAAUGGAGUGUAAACCUCGUGCAGCUCCUAAACCUACUCUCUUCUGGAGUCGUGGCACAGAGCUCCUGACCAAUAGCAGCAGGAUAACAGUCACUCCAGAUGGGAUUCUGUGGAUUUACAAUAUCAGUCGGGCUGAUGAAGGGAAGUAUACCUGCUUUGCAGAAAACUACCUGGGCAAAGCCAACAGCACAGGACACCUGUCUGUUAGAGAUGCCACCAAAAUCACACUAGCGCCCUCUAAUGCAGACAUCAAUCAGGGUGAAAAUGUCACCCUGCAAUGCCACGCAUCACAUGACACUUCUAUGGAUCUCACCUUCACCUGGGCCCUCAAUGGGGUUCUGCUAGACCUGGAGGAACCAAAUGGACACUAUCGUCGCAUGGAGGGGAAAGAGACGAUCGGUGACCUGGUGAUAGUGAAUGGACAGCUUAAUCACGCCGGCACGUACACCUGCACGGCCCAGACGGUGGUGGACAGCGAGGUGGCUUCAGCCAGGCUUGUUGUAAGAGGCCCACCAGGUCCUCCUGGAGGUUUAGUGGUAACAAGUACCAAUGACACAUCAGUUCAGUUAAGAUGGAGUCGUGGAUAUGACAACCACAGUCCCAUUGGAAAGUACAUCAUCAUGGGCCGUUCAGCGCAGAUUCAUGACUGGAAGCGGAUGAGGACGGACCCAGCAAACAUAGAAGGAAAUGCCGAGUCUGCACGUGUGAUGGAUCUUCGACCAUGGAUGGAUUAUGAAUUUCUGGUCAUUGCCAGCAACAUCCUGGGUAGUGGAGAACCAAGCAUGCCCUGCCAGCCAGUCCGGACCAAACAAGCAGCACCAACUGUGGCACCCAGUGGACUUGGUGGAGGUGGUGGAAACCGUAAUGAACUGAUCCUUACAUGGACACCAAUGGCCAGGGAGUAUCAAAAUGGAGAUGGCUUUGGUUAUAUCCUGGCAUUCAGAAAGCAAGGUCUGCCAACCUGGACCGUAGUAAAGGUGCCACACGUCGACUCUUCACGAUAUGUCUACAGCAACGAGAGUCUUUCAGCCUACUGCCCAUUUGAGGUCAGAAUCAAGGCCUACAACAAAAAAGGAGAGGGUCCCUUCAGCCAGAUUGCCGUAGUGCACUCUGCAGAAGAGGAACCAACCGCAUCUCCACGGAGAAUAAACGCCACUGCAGUGACCGCUUUUGAGAUUCAGGUGUCUUGGGAGCCCAUUCAGCAUUUGAAUAUUAAUGGAGUACUUCGUGGUUAUGAGAUCCGUUACUGGCGCCAGCAUGAAAGGGAAGCGGCAGCGGACCGUGUGAGAACAGCAGGACUGGAGAACACCGCACGGGUGACGGGCCUAAGGCCUAAUACUUUAUAUCACAUCACUGUUCUGGCUUACAACAGUGCCGGCACCGGCCCACCCUCGCCUCGGACCACAGUUGUCACGAAGAAACCCCCCCCUAACCGUCCUCCAGGAAAUGUCUCAUGGAAGGUGUCUGGGUCUUGGGUUACUGUGAGAUGGGAUCACGUUAAAUCCAUGGACAAUGAGUCUGCUGUUUUAGGCUAUAAGGUCCUUUACAAGCAUGAAGGCCAGUCUGCUUUGAAGAUACUGGACAAAGGCAAGACAUCCAUCAAUCUUCCGCUACCAAAAGACAACGGCUAUGUGGUUCUUGAGAUCCGCUCCUGGGGUGAUGGAGGAGACGGAGUGGCCCAUGAGACCAUUGUGUCUCGAGAUUCAGGAACUGGAAUGAUGGUCCAGAACACAUCUGGCGGUUCAGAGAGUCUCUGCACAUCAGUUUUGGUAUUUACUGCACUGCCACUCCUUCUCAUGGACUUAUCGGGAUUGUGAUUUUAGCCUGUGAAAAGCCAUUUCACAUUAAUAUCACAAAAUAAUUGACAAAAACAGGUUUUCCUCUGGGGGGGGGGCUUUUUUGAGCAGGAAGGUUUUUUGCAAUGGUUGGUUGAAUAGUGUGGGAUGUAAAGUUUUGGAAAUGUGCGGAUGUGAAGAAAGUCAUUUUAUUCUUUUGUAUAAAACGCUUUUGUACAAGGAUGAUUGGUCACUGAAGAAUACAAAGGAAUCUUUGUAGAAGACUAGACUUUGAUUGUGUAACAUUUUAUCGACAGAAGCUUGCCUUAUCGGACAUUUAAACUUGAACAAUGGUUAUGUCAGCAUUUGGUUAUAUUUUCAAAAAAAUCCUAACAGCUGACCAACAUCGUCAAAAUCCGCCUUGAUUUUCUGGUACAGUACUGUACAGUGAAUACACAUCAAUGUAUUUGUGAGAUUUCAUACCGAGUAAAACAAAAUCUUUUUUCUUUUUUUAAUACUUUGUUGCUAUUUCAUGGCAGCAAAAUGAUCCAAAUAACUGUUUACAUUUUUUAUUUAUUUAUUUUUAUUAAUAAUGUAUUUAGAGGCAACAUUUGUGAACAAUGUUUCAUGUGUUGGUCCUGACUGUAGCGUUCUUGUGUGUUACUUUUAAAGAUGAAAGGUCUUGAUGAAUACGGCGGUACAACAGAAGCUGAUUAUCUUGUUGUUAAAGUGGGUUUGGCUCGCCAACUUUAUCACUGUUAUCUCAGUUAUUAUUAUUGCCAUUAUGCUUUGUUUCGUUGAGUGUUGAAAUGAUAAAAAAAAUCGUUUUAUCUUCUUGGCGCAAAUUUUACAUUAAACGAGCACGAACGCGGACAUUGAACAAUGCUGAUGAUAACAUUCAUGAGCAAACAAGUUAAUAAGUUUACUAUAAAACUUUUUUAAGUGUUAAUAUUCCUUGCAAGGUACACGUGAAGCCAUUUUUUAAAUUAAUGCUAAACUGGAUAUUUGCUCAUUUGCUUUGUCCUUGUGUCAGGAACAGAUAAAAUAUGAAUGCACUUGAAGUGUAGCAGGUGAUAUUUGACUUUUUUCAGUCUAAAACCAUUCAGUGUGCACUUGUUUUUCUUUCUAUAUUAAAAUCUUUCAGGAUGAGGGCAGCUACUUAAAAUAAUCCAUGUCUUAUUAUGUUACUGUACACACCUGGUAUUUAUUAUAAGUUCUUGUGGUAUUAAAAAGUUUUUAAUGUAAAUAUUGCAAUUUUCAGAGUGUGUGAGGAGUGCUUGACUGUUUGAUGUGCUUUAUUGCUUUUACACAUUUUUAUUCUCUAACACCUGUGACAUUAUUAUUCAAUAACUCUUGAGCAUAGUGAAAAUUAUGAUUCAUGAUCACUCAAUGAUGUUUAGAGCAGAGUUAGCCAACUGAGGCGUAAAACGCUUCAUUUGUAGCUCAUUAGUGGUUCAAUAAAAAUGGUACACUUCUCAUCACAGUAUGUAGAAGCAUUCAAAAAUCACUGCAAACCAAAACUUUUGUACUCUUCUUUCAAGCAAUUUGUAAUGACUUUAUGUGUGCACUAUGUACAAUUUCAUGAUUGUUUUUAUCUCCCAUCAUUUAUUUGAUCUGUAAUGAUUUUGCUGUUUAUCACAUUGUGUGGGGUUUGCCCUCUCUUGUUCAGGCUUUAUUGCUAGCUGGUAAACUGGUCUUGGAUCUGCAUCAUCUCAUUUUACAACUUAUUCCAAACUGGCUGUAGGUACGAUUACAGCUUAUAGUUUUUCUUUCAUGAAGCUCACUCAGGUUGUGAUGUCAACAAGUUGUGUCUUUGAACUACCAUGUACCCCAGUUGUUGUAAAUGUCGAGCCUGUCCAUUGUGGGCUGAAUGUGAAUAAUGCAGCACUUGUAAAUAUCCUUCAAUAAAAAAAACUUUUGACUGUAUUUGAAGUA